GCCAUGACGUCACGCGGCCCUGGCCCCGCCUGCUCCGGGGGUCACGUGCCAGGGUCGGGUCGCCAUCUCGGCCAAUCAGCGGGGGCAAUUCCCCCGGAAGCGAAAUCGCGCCCUGCAGGCCGGCGGCGCCACGCGUUGCCACGGCAACGGCCGGCAGGAUGGCGUCCGAGGAGCGGGACUGGGGCAGACGGGCGGCCCGGCUGCGGGCCGAACUGGAGCGGGAGCGGCGGCUGGAUGAGGCGCUGCGGGCGGCAGAAGAGAACAGAAAGCAGAGAGCACUGCAGCUGGAGCGAGAGCAAAAGCUGGCGGCUGAGCUGGCGAGGCGGGACCUCGAGAAAAUGAAAGAUGAGAAGAUAAGGCAACAAGUCAGAGCAAACAGUCUUGAACUUCGAGAGUUAGAAAGAAAGCUGAAAUCUGCUUAUAUGAAUAAAGAACGAGCUGCACAGAUUGCUGAAAAAAAAGCUAUAUACGAUGAGAAAAUGAAAUGGGAGGAUGAAGUAGCCCAAGAGAUGAAGGAAGAGUACAACAGGUUUCUGAAAGAAGAAGUGUCUGCAGAACUGAGGCGAAACCAGGAGAAGAAAAUGUACCAUCAAGAACUGGACAAGCAGGUUGAGGAACAGGAGAAGAAGAAGCAAGAGGCUUAUGAAGAGUUUCUAAGAGAGAAACUCAUGAUUGAUGAAAUUGUAAAAAAGAUCUAUGAAGAAGACCAAAUGGAAAAACAACGGAAGUUAGAUAAAAUAAAAGAAACUCAGACAUAUAUUGAAGAGUUUAUAAAAGAACAAGCUAUCUGGAGGAAAAGGAAACAGGAAGAGAUGGAAGAAGAAAAUAGGAAAAUUAUGGAGUUUGCCAACAUGCAACAACAAAGAGAAGAUGAUUGGAUGGCUAAAGUUCGAGACACUGAGGAGAAAAAACAGAGAGUUCAAAACAUGGUUGCCAAGACUAUGGAAAGAGAAGAACAGAGGCGUAAAGAACAGGAACAAAUCCGCCAAGAUCUGUAUCUGGAAAAACAAGAAGAGAUUGAAAGGAAGAAGGAGAUGGCAGAAAUUGAAAAGAGAAUAAGGCAGCGCCUAGACUUAAGGCAAACAUAUGAAGAGCAAGUUGCUCUGAAGGCAGCAGCACAACAAGCUAUGAGAGAAGAGGAGGAAGCCCUCCGGCAGCAGAUUUUGGCCAAGUUUGCCGAGGACGAUCGCAUUGAGCAGCUGAACGCGCAGAAACAGAGAAUGAAACAGCUUGAACACAAAAUGGCCGUGGAGAAAAUUCUCGAGGACCGUCGCAAACAGCAUAUAGCAGAAAAAGAGCGUGAACUUGAAGAAAGAGAGUUAGAGAAGAGGAGACAAGCAAGUAUCCGUGCAAUUAUUGAAGAAGAGAGACAGAAACUCUUGAAAGAGCAUGCAUGGAAACUGCUGGGUUAUCUUCCUCGAGGAAUACUCAAAGACGAAAAUGACAUUAACAUGCUUGGAGAAGAUUUCAGGUUGGCGUACCAACAGAGAAGAGGUAAUGAACUUCCAGAAGAGAGCUGAACCUUCCCCCAGCUCAGCUCCUGCUUUUACCACUAGGUGUCAGCUGCUUCCCAGUGAAAACUUCUAUUUGCUGUUAACAGUGAGGAAUUCCUCUUUAGCAGCAUUAAAAGCCUUGCUUUUAAAACCGAAGUUCUAAACUGUGAUGAGCAGUUAGUUUUACAUAAGUGUGUGCUCCACUUGCAUUUUUCACAAAUAAACUGUUCUGGAGUUCUCAA